UAAUAGGUAGACUAAAAAUAAUACAAACUCUUUAUUCAUUAUUAAUUGAACGUUUGCAGGCUUUUUAUAUUUAUAUAAGUAUAUAUGAGUAUUUCGAUACGAUCAAAUAAUUUAAGAUGUCUAAAAUAUUCACUCCAACAAAUCAAAUUCGCUUAACAAACGUCGCCAUCGUAAGGUUAAAAAAAGGUGGUAAAAGGUUUGAGAUAGCAUGUUACAGAAAUAAAGUAGUAUCUUGGAGAAAUAAAUUAGAGAAAGAUAUUGAUGAAGUACUACAAACUCAUACUGUAUUUACCAAUGUGUCGAAGGGUCAAGUAGCUAAAAAGGAUGAUUUGGUUAAAGUGUUUGGCAAAGAUGAUCAAACUGAAAUUUGCAAAGAAAUAUUAGAGAAAGGUGAACUACAAGUUUCAGACAAGGAAAGGCAUUCUCAAAUAGACGCACUUUUUAAAGAUAUUGCUACUACUGUAGCAGAUAAGUGUGUGAAUCCUGAAACUAAAAGACCAUAUCCAGUAUCUAUCAUAGAAAAGGCGAUGAAAGACAUACAUUUUUCAGUGAAUGUAAAUAAGAGUGCAAAACAACAAUGUCUUGAUGUAAUACCUUUAAUAAAAAAAGAUAUACCUCUUGAACGAGCUCAGAUGAGGGUAAGAAUUUUGUUAAGUGGGAAAGAUGCUCGUAAGGUGAGAGAUAAAUCAGUCAAACUGGCUACUAAUGUAGAGGAAGAGAAUUGGGAAUCUGGCACAGCAAAUAUAAUAUGCCUUAUUGAUCCUGGAAGCUUUAGAAUAUUAGAUGAAAUGAUUAAAACAGAAACUAAAGGCACUGGCCAGUUUGAAUUAUUAAACCUUAAGGAAAUGAUUGAAGGUGAACAAGCACUUUAAAAUGUCCGUUAUCUGUAAUAUAUAGUUAUUAAAAAUUUGUUAAUAUAAUUUAAAAUAAAUUAUUAUUUUCACUAU